GUUACCGGUCUUGCCAUGGAGCGGAAAGGUGAGCGGUGGAGCGGCCUGCGCCACGAGGGGCAACGGCCUCCGGGGCGAGGCCCGAGUCUAAGCCUGGAGCCUCGCUUCUCCGCCGCCGUCCGGCCUCCGGGCGUGCGGCGCUCCUCCUCUGAGGUGGCGCCGCCCCUCACCCCCCGCCUCUGGUCGGCGGGUCGGCGCCCCUCAGCCCGGGCGUCCUCCGGAGUCGGCCGUCACCGCCCCUUGUCCGCCGCCAAGUCGGCUCGCGCCGCGGAGCCGCUCCCGCACCCGGCCGUCGGCGGGCGAGGCCGACUCCCGGCCCGGCCCGAGCCCCCUCGGGCGCACCCCGCCUGGGCGCUGCUCUGCGCCCCGUGGGCCGCCGGCCGCCCGGCCUCCGCCGCAGCGUCGGCCUUGCAGCCGCCCCCCAGGCCGGCCCCGCCGCUCGGCCUGGCGCCCCUGCUGGGUCUCCACCCUCGGCUGGGUCGCCUCCUUUCCUCCACAUUUGCCCUUCAUCCAUCCCUCUCUCCUGCAGUGCUUGCGCUCCAGGCCCGAAAGAAAAGGACCAAGGCCAAGAAGGACAAAGCCCAAAGAAAAUCUGAAACUCAGCACCGAGGCUCUGCCCCACACUCUGAAAGCGAUCUCCCAGAACAGGAAGAAGAGAUUCUGGGAUCUGAUGAUGAUGAACAAGAAGACCCCAAUGAUUACUGCAAAGGAGGUUAUCAUCUUGUGAAAAUUGGAGAUCUAUUCAAUGGGAGAUACCAUGUGAUCCGAAAGUUGGGUUGGGGGCACUUUUCAACAGUGUGGUUAUCAUGGGAUAUUCAGGGCAAAAAGUUUGUGGCGAUGAAAGUAGUUAAAAGUGCUGAACAUUAUACUGAAACAGCACUAGAUGAAAUCCGGUUGCUGAAAUCAGUUCGCAAUUCAGACCCUAAUGAUCCAAAUAGAGAAAUGGUUGUACAACUGCUUGAUGACUUUAAAAUAUCAGGAGUUAAUGGAACACAUAUCUGCAUGGUGUUUGAAGUUCUGGGGCAUCAUCUGCUCAAGUGGAUCAUCAAGUCCAACUAUCAGGGGCUUCCACUGCCUUGUGUCAAAAAAAUUAUUCAACAAGUGUUACAGGGUCUGGAUUAUUUACACACCAAGUGCCGUAUCAUCCACACUGACAUUAAACCAGAAAACAUCUUGUUAUCAGUGAAUGAACAGUAUAUACGAAGGCUAGCUGCAGAAGCAACAGAAUGGCAGCGAUCUGGAGCUCCUCCACCUUCUGGGUCUGCAGUCAGUACUGCUCCUCAACCUAAACCAGCUGACAAAAUGUCAAAGAAUAAGAAGAAGAAAUUGAAGAAGAAGCAGAAGCGCCAGGCAGAAUUACUAGAGAAGCGAAUGCAGGAAAUUGAGGAAAUGGAGAAAGAGUCGGGCCCUGGGCAAAAAAGACCUAACAAGCAAGAAGAAUCAGAGAGUCCUGUUGAAAGACCCUUGAAAGAAAACCCACCUAAUAAAAUGACCCAAGAAAAACUUGAAGAGUCAAGUUCCAUUGGCCAGGAUCAAACACUUAUGGAACCUGGUGUAGAGGGUGGUGCAGCAGAAAUUAAUUGCAAUGGAGUAAUUGAAAUCAUUAAUUAUACUGAGGACAGUAAUAAAGAAUCAUUGAGGCUUAAAGAGGAUCUACAUAAUGCUAAUGACUCUGAUGUCCAAAAUGUUCAAAGUUUGAACCAGGAACCUAAUUUUCUAAGUUCCCCAAAUGGAGACAGUCACCCAACUCAAGAAGCAAAUUCUUACACAACUGUACCCUGUGAGGGGUCAGAUUCCAUGGUAUGCCAGUCUUCAUCUGUAGACCAGUUACUGAGUGAACAGAACAUCAGCCAGCUUCAAGAAAGCAUUCGGGCAGAGAUACCAUGUGGAGAUGAGCAAGAGCAGGGACAUAAUGGACCACUGGACAACAAAGGAAAAUCCACUGCUGGAAAUUUUCUUAUCAAUCCCCUUGAGCCAAAAAAUGCAGAAAAACUCAAAGUGAAGAUUGCUGAUCUUGGAAAUGCCUGUUGGGUGCACAAACAUUUCACUGAAGAUAUUCAAACAAGGCAGUAUCGCUCCUUGGAAGUACUGAUAGGAUCUGGCUAUAAUACCCCUGCUGACAUUUGGAGCACAGCAUGCAUGGCCUUUGAACUAGCCACAGGCGACUAUUUGUUUGAACCUCAUUCAGGGGAAGAGUAUACUCGAGAUGAAGAUCACAUUGCAUUGAUCAUAGAACUUCUGGGAAAGGUGCCUCGCAAGCUCAUUGUGUCAGGGAAAUAUUCCAAGGAAUUUUUCACCAAAAAAGGUGACCUGAAGCACAUUACGAAGCUGAAACCCUGGGGCCUCUUUGAGGUCCUAGUGGAGAAGUAUGAGUGGUCUCAGGAAGAGGCAGCUGGCUUCACAGAUUUCUUACUGCCCAUGUUGGAGCUCAUCCCUGAGAAGAGAGCCACUGCUGCCGAGUGUCUCCAGCAUCCUUGGCUGAACUCGUAAGCCUCUAACCAGCCCUGCAGCAGAGAUCACACACGGAUCUUCAGCCCUCCUCUCUAAGCAUUCCCCUCUGCCCUUUUCAGGGUGAAGCUCUUUCUUCAAGGGUUUCUAAUUUUUUUUUCUUUAUUAUUAAUAUUUUUUUCAAUCCAACAUCUUCAUUUGGGUUUGCUUACUUGACCAUGUGGAAAUCCACAUAGCCAUUAGGCAUCCUAGGUGACUUCAGCUUUGGUUGGGCUCUGCCAAAGACUACCAAACUUAAAAUACAGAACAGCCUUUCACGCUGUACCCCUGCCUUGCCAUCAGGACAUGUAUAAAUUAUCAGCACCCUUUUUUUUGUUUGUUUAAAGAAAGAGGUUUGAAGAUGUGUGAGUCCAUCCUUUUUAUUCUCUGACUCUAAGAGUCAAUUUUUCUAGUGCAUAUCCUAUUGCCAGCAUGAGGAUGAGGAGAGGGGAAGGGUGGUAAUUCUGUGUCCAGCAGAAACAUUAAACAUGCUGUAGCCAGGCUCCAUCAUCUUCCUGGAUUGUUUUCUAUAUUCACAUUUGCCCUGCGACCUUUAUGCUACUUUGUUUUUUAAUGAAUUGUAAAAACACCAGAUUUGGGUACUAUUUUAUCACUGUUCAAAACACUGUCAUAAUCCUUUUAUCCUUUAAUAGCUCUUAAGAUCCUGAAAUCUUCAGUCUGAUUUUUAAUGUAAACAAAAACAGAACCAUUGAAUAAUUUCUUGAGAUCCUCAGGUGUUCUGCAAACAUUCCUUUCUUGUGUAUCUUCUGUACCCUAAGAGCAGUUGUUGUAACUGUUUUCCUUCCUGCUUGGCUGGCACUUUACUCAUCCAACUUGAGUUAUUCCCUAUAGCAAAGAAUCAGGUGACUAGGAAAAAGAUCUGAAUUUUGGAGGGGGUAAAAAUUUUUCCCCAUUAAAGGGGAAAAUGUCCUAGGGUUCUGAUUCUUUUCCAGAUAGUUUUCUGCUUUUAUAUAUAGCUUUUUCCUUAAUUACCCAAAUUUCUAGUCUUGAAGCAGUUUCUGUUUGUGGCUUUGAUGUUCUCAUUUUCUCAGAAACUUGAAACCCUGAAUAAGAGAACCAAAGGGGGUGGGUGGGAUGGCACAUUGUUUUGUUGGCUUUUUUUUUUUUUUUUUUUUGCCCUUUUGUAAGAUUAGAUAUUCUCUGCUGCUAUUUCUUUGUACAAUGUAAAUUUUUAACUACGAUUUUGGAAUGACUGAAGUGUACUUGAGGCUUUUCUUUUCUUAAUGCAAAAAGCAUUAAGAGGAUUGACCUCUCACAGACUUGCCCUAAACAUUACAAAAGAGGGGCAGGAUUGGGGUCAUAGCCGCUUAUUCACCAUGGACCCGAGGGCCUGGGGAUUGCAGCAUUCUCCGGAAGCAGCUCUUUAAUUUACAGAAAGCCAAGGAGGUGCAACUCGAGGUUCUACUGGAAAGCUACCGAUGAAACUUGACUAGCCAGCCACCUUUGUGUGUGGGAGACGAAUCACUUUCUGUCACUUAUCCACAACAGUGACACAGGAAAAGUAGUGCCAUUAUGCAGCCCAUGAGGCAUAAACAUACUAUGAGAAAUUGGCCAGCUAUUCAUCGGCUCCUUGACUGGUUACUCCUGAAUUCAGACAUGUUCCUGUAGAAAGAAUUUUAAGUCAGGCUAUCUAUGCACCUAAUCAAGAAUAAGCAGAUUGUAUCAAGCAACGGCAGGGAAAUCCUUCAGUAAUUCUUACCCAUUUGGGGUUUUCUACUGUAUUUACAUUUUCUAAAGCAAUAUCAGACUUACCUGAAAUCUCUCCUACAUUGUAAAAUACAGUUGUGGAAUUACAAGAAAUCUGGUAUUGGGUUGAUGAUCGGAAGUGAAAUAACCAAAAAUCCCAUGAGCCAACACAGGUCUCAUUUUUAAAAUUGACAUGACAGGAAAUUUUAGAGGGGAGGAGAUCCUUUCACUUCAUUUUGGAACUGUUUUCCACUAUCCAGAAGGGCUUUUGUCCCCAUACUUGAGCCAGAUAAGUCACGGUCUGGGAAGAGGCAGCUGUGGGACUCCACCUUCCUGGUAGUCUGUGUGCCUUUACUGAGCUUAGUCAGAAUACUGGCCAGCUGCCAUGAUCUCACGAAAGGAUUUCUAUUUGCUCUUAGUUAAAAAUAAAGCCCUGAUCAUUUUUUUAUUCUUUCUACUGAGUGCAUUGUCUGUUUUCUUUAUAAAUCUAGUACAAUAAACAACUUAUUUAAUAACUGUUUCCAGAAAUUUUGUUCACUUGUUGCCCAAGUUGGUCUGACCCAAGCAGUUAAAGGUCUGAUUGAAAUAAUGCCUUUGAACUUAAAUACACAGUGAAGCUGCAACUUGAACAUUUGACAUUUUUAUAUUUGAAAUUCCAUUUCUAGCUCUUUCAUUUAUUGUAAGAUUAGCAAAAUACAUUUUAGGGAAUUAUGAGAAUUUUUUCACAAUUUGCCAUAACAUUUAUACAAUUACCUUCUCAAAUUACAAACAUGAAAAAAAUGCCAAAUACUUUUCUCACACUGAUGGUCUGGCAUACUGUACACUUUUACACACAGAUUUUCAUGCACUCUUAAGAAUAAAUCUUAUAACUUCAUUUGUUUCAUUUCUAGUCUAGUAUCUGUUUGUCCCCACCAAUUUCCCCCCUCCAAAAAAGAGAAUUUUAAUCUGCAUACUGGAUUACUGGUUAAGUAAAAAACUUGUUUCAAGGAAUUUUUAUGAACAUUAUUUGACUAAAUUACCCAGGUGCCUCUUGGUGUACUUCCUUGUUUGAUAACUUGGGCAGAACUUGUUAUACAUUAAAGUUAACAAUUUUUCUUUU